GAAAAAGUCUGAACCAGGAAAGAGGAAAAGACAAAGAGAACAUCAGGCAAAUUCACGAACAACUGUGUAUGGAGCUGAACUCACUUCAGCGUGAAUAUAAACACGUCAGACAGGUCGUGUACACUCUGCAACAAGACUAUGAGAGAUCUAAAGAUUUCGACCCCUUAAGGCGCUAUGGUUUACUUAAAGGCAUGAUUAAAAGAACAGUUCUUCAUUUUAAACUUAAUGAAGAUAAAGUUCCUGGAUCUAUUUCGAUAACAGGAAUUCGAAGCCUUGCCAAUGGCUAUAAAGAAUUGUCCUAUUCUCUAGAAUUAACAAGGAGAAAGGCAGAUUUAGAUGAUAUGUCUGUAGAACAGAUAGAGUCGGAAGUUGAACAAUUGCGUCAUCAGGUGAACGGGUUGAAGGGUCGGUGCUCUCUUGUGUCAGAUACUGUCUCACAGUUAGAAAACAAAUACGAACAAUCCAAAAACUUUGCUCCACCGAAGCGGUACGAACUGAUGAAGAAAAUGGUUCAAAAUGUCGUGAAUGACCAAUUCAUAUGACAAUUCUUUAUAUUGACAGCAGGACAAACAAAAUUUCUGCAACACUGGCCAUUUUUCAUAUCAAUCCAACAAUAGUAAAGGAUAUCCAUAAAUCGCCAUACCGAAGAAAACAUAAUUAAUUUCAAUUUAAACAAUUGAAUAAGAGACAUUCACUGAUAGAGGAUAUAUAU